ACUUGGGAGGAAUAUUUAACGGCACAGCAGUCAAUCGAUGGAGUACAAUUUACAUGGAAUUUAUGGCCUCACAGUAGAGUAGAUGCACAAAGGCUUGUCGUACCUGUAUCAUGCUUCUUCACUCCUCUGAAGGAAAGGCCUGCUGACCAGCCGCAACAACCGCCACUUGAGUACGAUCCCGUUCUAUGUCAAAAAGCUAGUUGUAAGGCUAUUCUUAACCCACUGUGUUUCGUAGACUUUCGUGCAAAGUCAUGGGUGUGCCCCUUCUGUAAUCAAAGGAAUCCAUUUCCCGCUCACUAUGCAGCAAUUGCUGAAGACAACCGUCCUCCGGAACUGUAUCCUCAAUUCACAACAAUUGAAUAUACGCUGAAGAAGGCUACUACAAUGCCACCUAUUUUUGUCUUUGUUGUCGACACCUGCAUAACUUCUGAAGAAUUGAAAGCCCUCAAGGAAAGCUUACAGACGGCUCUUUCGCUUCUUCCUGCCGAUGCUUUGGUUGGAAUCAUCACUUAUGGCCGAAUGGUUCAGCUACACGAGCUUAAUGUCCAGGGUAUUAGUCGGAGUUUCGUAUUCAAGGUAUGUUUACUAGUGGUUUGCGCAAUCCUUGUCACAUGUCAUCACAUUUGA